GAUCGUGAGCUGCAUUUCGCAAUUGGCAAAAGCAUGAUCAACUUGAUUGGCCGGCGUUGCAAGUUAUUUUUGAUUUCUGCACCCGCACCACUGCUUUAUGAGCUCACUUUCCACUUUUCUUCUUUCACAUCUACGCGCUCGCGCAUCUCUGUUAAUUUUGGUUGAAUUCUGCUAACGGCGUCACCACCAAUUCGCCAGCACUCGACAAAGGUUGUUUCACACAGACAGUUCAUUAUCUUUUGACACCGCAAUUUGAAGCAAUUACCCUCGCAUGCGUUUCGGCGGAUUCAACAAGUACCGCAAUGCGGUUGCGGUUGUGGCUGGUCGCGAGGCAUGGUACAGCGAGUUGGCCAUUGACACCGUCACGUCAAUUGCCAGCAAUGGACUGGCAGCUGACGAUACACACAUUUACGUCAAAACAGCAAAUGGGCACUCUUUGCAGGCACUAGCGCUCGAUCAACCGGGAAAAGUCGGGUCACAAGCAGGGUCUCUGGGGAAUUCUGCAGGACGCAUACUCGACUGGAGCACGGCGCUGUACGAUACAAGCUUGCUGGCUGCUAGCGACGACCAAGGCACGGUCACUGUUUGGAGGAGUUGUAGUACAGAGCUCACGCUGAAGGCCCACGCGUCAGCCUGCGACAGCAUUCAGUUUCACCCAACUGUGGCCAGUGUUUUGGCGACCACUAGCAGCAACAGAGGCAGCAAAAGCAGCGAGGUCAAGCUGUGGAAUGUCAACUCAAGCUUCAAGGCGGCGUUUUGGGAGACCCCUGUCGUCGGCAUUGUCGACUCGAUUGCAGUUAGAGGAGACGGCCAGCUCAUUUCAGCAAGCACGCAUGACGGCGAGUUUCUGAUCUACGACCCCAGGCACCAAAAUGCGUUGGCCAUUGCCAAGAUCCCGGCCGUAUAUGCCGCCGGGCGCCCCACUCGCGUGAUAUGGCUUGGCGAAAAGCCCUAUUUGAUGACCACCGGCCUUACAAAAAUACGCGAGAGAUCGGUGUCGCUUUGGGAUCAGCGUAAUCUAGCAAAGCCUCUGGCUUCAUUGCAGCUGCAGCCCUCUACCAAGCCUCUCAUUCCGCUUUACGAUGAGGACACCCAGCUCGCCUACCUUGUUGAAAAGGGCGACAAUUCGGUCCGCUGGGUGGACGCUGAUCCCUCUUCAGCAAAGCCCCUGGUCGAGCUGGGAUCCACAAUGCUGCAGUCUCAGAUUAGUGGAUGUGCUCUGCUGCCAAAGCGUGCGCUACGCGUGAUGAGCGGCGAGAUUUCUAGAGUACACUUGGUGGUCAAAAACAUUGGCGCCGGGACUGGCUCAGCAGUAGUUCCAAUAUCCCAUCUGGCACCUCGUAGGUCUUACCUAGACUUCCACUGCGAUAUUUACCCUGACACCAGGGCUCCUCUGCCGGCCCAGACGUUUGACCAGUGGAUGGCCAACGAACCGAUGCGCAUGCCAAAAAUGACGUUGGAUCCAGCCAAAACGGCUGACUGCCUUGCUAGCCUUCGCAGGUCGUACGGUGCUGCCAAUCAGCAUCAGAGCGAAGCCCUCAGCGAAGUGAUUCCUGCCAACCCCACAGCUCCUAGUUUGCAGCCAUAUGUAAUAGAUGCGAAGCCAUCGGUAGGCCCACCAGCCCCUGUCAGUGUAGCAGCACCAACAGCGGCAGAGCAAGCGGUGAGGCCGUCUGUGCCAAAGAAACAGUGGGUGCCUGUCCAGCACAACCAUGCACGCUUCAAGUAUCUUGAGGGAUAUUUUUACCGCCCCAGCGAGCACUUUUCCAGCAUCCAGAACGUCAAUCUGCGCUUUUCUCAGGAAAACGAACCGCUCAAGGUUAGCUCCAAGUUUAUUGCCGUCGCCUGCGAGGGUGCAGGUGGCCAGAUCGGGAUCAUCCGCCGCGACGCGCCGGGAAGAGUGUCUGCAAAGCUGCCCACGAUUGUACACGGCUCCAAUGUCGUCAGCAUCGAGUUUGAUCCAUUUGAUCCUAACAUUGUCGCGACGGCAGGGUCAGACUGCAAGCUGCAGAUGUGGCGCAUUCCAGAGUCGAUGAUGGACGAGGAUACAUCGUUUGAGCUCGAGGAGUACAUAUGCGUUACGGCUGACAGGAUUCACCAGAUUCGCUUCCACCCAUGGGCCAAGGGUGUUGUUGCAGUUCUUGUGUCUGAGGCCAACGAGCAGGCCAUUUAUGUGUACCAUGGGCUGAUGCUCCACUUCAUUAUUGGAAAGACUGCCGACGGCAUCCACUCGUUUGCGUGGUCUCCGGACGGCGAGCUCAUUGCUUUGACAACACGAAAGAGCCGCCAGCUGCGCAUAUACAACCCGCGCACCCAGGAUUUGCUUAGCAGCGGCCCGUCGAUGGACAGCAUACGCCCCUGCCGCAUUGCCUGGGUUGGGAACAGUCGUAUUUGCCUGACUGGGUUUGGAUCCGGCAGCCAGCGGCAAAUUGCCAUCUAUGAAACGGAAUACUUGGCAAAGCCGAUAAUAAAGACAACCAUCGAUGUCGGACCUGGUCUCCUGGUGCCAGUUGUGGACGCAGACUGCGGCAUUAUAUAUCUGGACGACCGCGGCAGCCGGCUCACGCACGCAUUUGAGCUGGUGGCCGACAAGUUAGUCGAGCUGCCGAAGCUUGAGUCUGCGCAGCCGAGUCUGGGUCUGGCGAUGGUUCCUAAAAGAUACGCCAAUAUAUCGCAGUGCGAGAUUGGCCGCGUGUAUCGUCUGAGCUCGCAGACAAUUGAGUCGGUCGGGUACCGUGUUCCUAGGAAGCGGCCAGAGUACUUUCAGGACGACCUUUUCCCUGACACGUGGGACAGCGAGAGGUCAUCUGUCAACCCAGUCGCGUGGGUGAAGGGGACAAAGGCAACUCCGGUUUUAAUUGGAUUGUGCCCGCCAGGCAUGCAGCCCCUCUCUCAAGCGCCGCCCGAAGCCAUUCGCAGGUCGACGUUUGCUGUUGAGGCAGAGCAGCCGGUUGACAACAGCAAGGAUGCAAUCAGUGCAAUGCUGAGCCGUGUGGAAUAUUCUGACGAGGAAUCCGGCAGCCGGGCUACUGGCUCUAACUCUGCUGACGAUUCAGCGUCCGACUGGGAUGACUGAAAGCGUGGGUACUCGACCCACUGCCUUUAUUUAUUGCUAUGAAAAUAGAAUAUUUUACAUUUUUAUCACUUUUCGCUUCUGUGCGGCCCAUGGGUUACACUAUUGAAAAUGUAUUUUUGGAAUUUCCAGACAU